AUGUCCACCCCUACUUUGGGGGGCCCCUCCAAUGGACAUUUGUCGCCGGUUGAUGGAAUCAGCAUGUCGUUUGAUACAGGAGAUCAUGCAACCGAUAGCGACUCGCAUGAUGCCCCCGAUCUCACACUCAAUCAACCAUCACCGGCAUCCUCAGACGAGGCGAACAACGAUUCCAAUAUUGUCCACGACAAUACACACAUGUCAGCGAGUGAACAAUCAAGCGAAGACAAUGCGUCUGAUGAUGGAGACUUCGAUAUGGAGGAGAGCCUCCCAUCACAGAACGAAGACGCGAUGGAAGACCGCGACAGCUCUACCGACUCGAAUCGAGCCUCCAAGCGCAAAGCUCCUGUCGAGGAAGACGAGUACAUCAAGGCUAAUCCAGAGCUCUAUGGGUUGAGGAGAAGUGUCGAAUCUGAUGAUUCGGAUUCUGAACCCCCUGUCAACCGUCGGACAGUCAAGCGGCGACGUGUUGAAUCCUCCCGUCCUUCAUCCAAGAUUGGAACUCCAACGUUACGUGCCUCCACAGCCGAUUCCGAUUCCGAUUCCGACACAUAUGGCGGUGCUCGCGCAAAGAGCCUGCAGAAGAAGGCUCGUAUGCAACGCGAAGCACAGCCAGAUCUUGCACUUGCUGAAAAGCGCUGGUCGAGUCGUCGCGCUGCACAGGUACAACAAGGAGCAUACGAAGAGAGCGACGUCGACGAGGAUGAUGACGACGAGCUCGCCCCCAUGGCGUACACCGUUGACUAUAUCGACGAUUCACCAUACAUAGAAAAAGUUGUCCGGCAUAGGCUCAAAGACGGACUCGAAAUUUCCUACGGGUUGACUAAGAACGACUUCGAAUACUUCAUCAAGUGGCAAGGCAAGUCGCACUUGCAUGACACUUGGGAGACGUUUCAAGACAUUCGAGAUUAUCGAGGUUACCGUAAAGUUGAGAAUUACUUUAGAAAGGUAAUCGAGUACGAGGUGGACAUCCGCGUCGGCGAUGAUAUCCCUCCUGAAACGAAGGAGCAAUUUUUCCUUGACCGCGAGCGAGACGAGGAAGCAUUCGAGGAUUACACGAAGGUCGAGCGAGUGGUCGCUGUACGAGACGGUGAAGACGAUACUGAGUAUCUUGUCAAGUGGAAGGGCCUCACGUACGAAGAAUGCACAUGGGAAGUCGCGUCAGAAAUCAGCGACGCGUUCCAAGACCAAAUUGACCAAUAUCUUGAUCGAGCAUCACGCUCGUGGCAGUCAGACCGGAAGGAGACGAACCUCGACACAAGAUCACGGAUGGUCAAGCUCGAGGAGCAACCCGAUUUCAUCAAAGGCGGCGAACUCCGCAACUUCCAGCUUCGGGGCCUCAACUUCCUGUGUUUGAACUGGACAAAGGGCAAUAACGUGAUCCUCGCCGAUGAAAUGGGUCUCGGAAAAACGGUACAGACCGUAUCAUUCCUCAGCUGGCUCCGUAAUGCUCGACGUCAGGAGGGACCAUCGCUUGUGGUUGCUCCUCUGAGUGUCAUCCCGGCUUGGUGCGACACUUUCAAUCAUUGGUCCCCUGACAUCAAUUAUGUUGUCUACCUCGGACCCGAGGAUGCUCGAAAAAUCAUUCGUGAGCAUGAGCUGCUCGUAGAUGGCAACCCAAAGAAGCCCAAGUUCAAUGUCCUUGUCACUUCAUACGAGUUUAUUCUUCAGGACUGGCAAUUCCUGCAGUCUAUCAAAUGGCAGACGCUCGCUGUUGAUGAGGCUCAUCGCCUCAAGAACCGUGAAUCUCAGUUAUACAACCGGCUGGUUAGCUUUGGCAUUCCUUGCAAGAUUCUAAUAACGGGAACACCUAUUCAAAAUAACUUGGCCGAACUUUCUGCUUUGCUCGACUUUCUUAACCCCGGCAAAGUCGACAUUGACGAAGAUCUUGAUUCCCUUUCUGCCAGCGAUGCACAAGAGAAACUGCAACAACUUCACAAGGCUAUUGCACCUUUCAUUCUGCGACGAACAAAGGAAACCGUCGAGUCAGAUCUUCCCCCCAAGACUGAGAAGAUUAUCCGCGUCGAGCUUUCAGAUGUCCAGUUGGAGUACUACAAGAACAUCCUGACCAGAAACUACACAGCCCUUUGCGAUGCCACCAAUGGACACAAGAACUCUCUCCUGAAUAUUAUGAUGGAACUGAAGAAAAUCAGUAACCAUCCUUACAUGUUUCCUGGUGCUGAGGAGAAGGUCCUGGCCGGCAGCGUCCGCCGUGAAGAUCAAAUCAAGGGCUUGAUUGCCAGCAGUGGAAAGAUGAUGCUACUCGAUCAACUUCUUUCCAAGCUCAACAAAGAUGGCCACCGAGUCCUGAUCUUCAGUCAGAUGGUCAAAAUGCUUGAUAUUCUUGGCGACUACUGCUCUCUGCGGGGUUACAAGUUCCAGAGAUUGGACGGCACUAUUGCUGCUGGCCCCCGACGCAUGGCUAUCAACCACUUCAACGCUGAUGAUAGCGAUGACUUUUGCUUCCUUCUCUCUACUCGUGCAGGUGGCCUUGGAAUCAACCUCAUGACGGCAGACACUGUCAUCAUUUUCGACUCUGACUGGAACCCUCAAGCUGAUUUGCAAGCCAUGGCUCGUGCCCAUCGCAUCGGCCAGAAACGUCCUGUAAACAUCUACCGCCUAGUCUCCAAGGAGACUGUUGAGGAAGAGGUUCUCGAAAGGGCUCGCAACAAACUCUUACUCGAAUAUCUGACCAUCCAGGCCGGUGUCACUGACGACGGCAAGGCAGCUUUCAAGGAGGAACUCAAUAAGAAGGGUCUCAGGGUCGAAGGCCCGUCUUCGUCUGAAGAUAUCCAAAUGGUUCUCAAGAUGCGAUCAUCUAAGAUGUUCGAACAGAGUGGCAACCAAGAACGGCUUGAACAACUCGACAUUGACUCAAUUCUUGAGAACGCUGAGGUUACCAAGACCAAGGUCGACGACAAGAUAAACCUAAGUAGUGGCGGCAUCGACUGGGACAAUUUCAUGCAAAUUACUGAUGUAAAAGUUGAUGACAUCAACCUUGAUUGGGAUCAAAUUAUCCCCGCCGACAAGAUCGCCGAAAUCAAGGCCGAGGAAGAAAAGAAACAGCAUGAGGCCUACGUUGCCAAGGUGGCGGCUGAAAGUGCUCCACGCAGAGCCGCCAUUAAGAGCCGCCACAGAGAGAGCGAACGUGAUGUUCGCCUCAAGAAACGACAGAAGGAGCAGCAAGACAAGGAGGAAGACGACCGAAGGCCCGUGCCUCUCGAUCCUAAGCGUCCUUUGAACGAUAAGGAACAACGUAGUCUAAUAAAGGCUUACUUCCGUUACGGCUCAAUGGAUGAUCGCGGGGAUGAAAUCAUCAAGGAAGCCAAGCUGAGAGAAAGGGAUCCAGAAUACGUCAAGUCGGUCCUCGAUGAAUUCAUCAAGGCAGCCAAGGAGGCGGUGGACGAUAACUAUGCUCAGAUGGUGGAAGAAGAAAAGAGACUCGGGAAGACUCUCACGAAGAAGGACCGCAAGGCUGUUCUGAUAGACUUUGGCGAUCUCAAGAAGGUCAACGCUGAAACGGCCAUAGAACGUCCGAAGCAGCUUCAGCUUCUCCGACAAGUCAUACGCAGCCACAAUGACUGGCACACGUUUCGUCUCCCUGACGCGACUAAGGCCGCUAGCUACUCUUGUGCUUGGGGUGCUAAAGAAGAUGCCAUGCUCCUGGUCGGUAUUGACAGACACGGCUUUGGCGCUUGGCCUCAGAUCCGUGACGAUCCUGAUCUGGAGAUGGUAGACAAACUCUUCCUUGAAGAACAUCGCGUGGAGAAGAAGGAGGAGCGUAGCAAGGGCAAUGACAAGAUGAAGGCUCCUGGCGCCGUUCACCUUGUUCGUCGAUCAGAGUAUCUGCUUUCAGUCCUGCAAGCAAAACACUCUAACGAUCGUGGUGUGCAGCGAGCAGUAGAGAAUCAUCACCGCAACAACAAAAAGACAAUUGCCAAUGGCCACCGUGGGAGUGCCACAGCGUCGCCUGCUCCGCACAAUGGCAAGAAGUCUCGCGACCGCGACAGAGACCACCUCCAUGGUGACCUGCACCGAUCCCGAAGCCAUGUGGAGGAGCGUGGAACCCCACGGCCGGAUUUCAAGCGAAAACAUUUGUCUCACGAAGAUAGCCGCAGCCCCAAGCACCGCCGCAUCGAGGAGCAUCGUCGAUCCAGUAAGCAUGGAGAGGACAGGGAGAGGACAGAGAAGCGGCGCCAUCGGGAUGAUGAGGACCGACGUGAUGAGCGCCGAGACGAACGACGGGAUGACAGACGACAUGAUAAACAUCGCCUCAGCCACAGUCAUCGCGAUGAUCGUCGGGAAGACCGCCGAGAUGACCGACGUGACGACCGACGUGAUGAUAGGCGACAUGACCGACAUCGUGAAGAUCGUGAUCGUGAUCGCGAACGAGAGCGAGAGCGAGCCCAUGACUCGCAUCCUCAGGAUGAGCGCCGAGCCAAGGCUCUGCGAAGACUGGACGAGCUUCGCCGGAUUGGCGACAACAAAGAUAAGAGAGCUGAGGACAACGACGCCAUGAUUUGGUUUCUACUCAAGCCGGUCCGAGAGAACUUUGAGAGGAUUCUUUCUACAACCAAGGACAACGUCAAGUCAAGCAAGGAGCGGGCGUCUAUCUUUGGCGUCGAGCUGGUCGUUAUCGGCACUUUUCUCGACGAGAAAUUGGCAGCCACUGCUGCUGACGAAGGUCUCAAGAGCAACUUCUGGGACUUUCUGGCAGCUUUGUGGCCUGUAGAUGAUACAAGCAAGAGCGUCACGGGAAAGCGAUUGAGCAACAUGUACCGCACUCUACACUCCCGUAGCAAGGGAUCCGGUUCGACCAAAACCAAUGGUGCAUAG